ACAGGCACACAGGUAUAGUCUAAACAUAAAACAAUGACAGAAGACCUUGGGCGUUUGAGAAGAUUAUAAUUUUCUUGCACAAUGCUAUUAGCAGUAACAAAUCUCUAGACCUUUUCCCGGCUGAAUUUAAUUGAAUGUCAAUAGCUAUUUUAACAAUAAUUUUCACUGCUAAAUCUAUAACGUCAAAUUUUUGACAGUUUUACUUUUUUUAUGUGGUUUUAUGCUUUAAAGUCUAUCUCUGUCUGCUAUUUCUGCCGUUUCUGCAUAAUCUAGAGUUGCAGACGACGCAAAACUCAGUUGCUGUGGAACAGAGUGGAAGCAUGGUGGUUGGUAUUUGGUGUAAACAAACGAGAAACAUUUGCUUUCUUUACCAACGUUUUCUGGAAUAAUAAUUUUAUAAACAAAUUUUCAGUAUGUCAAAGGAAGAGGCUAAAUCAUGUGUUGAGGAGAACAUUGAACUAAUUCAGGAAGAUGACGAGAGGCUUAAGGGAGAUGCGAUUGGUGAUACAUUAUAUUCAGAAUCUUUUAUUUUGAAAACUUUAAUGAAUCUUACUGAGAAACUACCCGUCUACUCGAGGGAAUCAAACACUUCAGACAAUCUGGAGGAUGAAGCAGUUGAACUUGAAGAAUCAUUAGAAACAGACCUUUGCUUGCUAUGGGACAUGACUGCUGAUAGAGAUGUUGCUCUUUGUUUAAUUCAACAUGAUAUUUUAGAUAUUAUGAAGUGUGUUAUUGAAGAAAGCAUUGCACCACGUUUAACAGAGAUUGGAAUUGGGAUCUUAGCAAAUCUUUCUUGUCAAAAUGAAAUAAGUGCCCAAAUUAUUUUGGAUCAAGAAUUGACAACUGCUAUAGUCAAUUUAAUGACUAUUAGUGAUGAUUCACAAACAAUUACUCAGAUUGUUCGCCUAUUAAACACUUUAUUAGCACAUUCUCAGAUUGAAUCAUGUACUUCUUUACCCAGUUUAGAAGCACUGGUGAAAUCAGUGGCUUUUAUUCUUCAAAACUCCCUCAAUGAAGAGCUGUUAAUCGGAUCUUCAAAGUUGCUCGACGCCAUCGCUAGUCAAAUCGGUCCUAUAUUUGAAAUUCCCUUUGAAAGCCUUCUUCGUGGAAUUGUUGAAGCACAAAAACAACUGAAAAAUUUCUUUAGUUGUGACGAAUCUAACUAUCCGGAAACGGUGCAAGACUCAUUUGACGCCUUGGUUUCUGCACUGUACAAUUUCAGCAGAAAUGAAGAGAUGCGAGUGGAAAUUGUGAAUUUUGGAGAGCAUGUCACUUCGUUCCUAGAAUUCUACUUUACCUUACUGUUGAAAAACAUUCGCGAUGCCGAAGAAGUCGUGGCUGAUUCAACAGCAAGCGCUCUGAAAGCUAUCACAAUCUUUUACGUCACCAUCGCUUCAGCGUCGCCUCUCUCUAACAUAUUAGAGCUGUCAGGUCGCAUUGGCAGUCAACUAAGGCCUUGCCUCGACGGAGAAAGUGAAGCAAGUAAAUACGCUUCCGAUUACCGAGACCUAACUGGCGAUUGUUUCCGUAAACAACUCGACGUGUUCGGCAUUGAGCAUUCCCUGAGCUUACUCGAGUCGCUCGAUGCUGAAGCGUUAACCUUCGUGCUACAGGCGGCUCACCAAACAGUUCCUAAUCGACUCAAAGAAUUCGCGGAUACGGCCAGGAGUAGAGGAUCGUUCAACAAAGUGAUGGAAACGUACGAUUCGCUUGCCAAGAAUAAUGCUCGCUAGAUGUCUCUUGUUUAGUUUGAAUUGUAACGUGCUGCAUCCCACCCUUCGUUUAUCGAUCGCCGUCGAAGCCGGAAUUCCCGCUUCUUCCGUUUUCUCUCUUAACGCACGUAUCUAUUCAUUGCCCAGCUCACAAUAUGGGUUUUCUGUCAAAGUUCGUCGCCAACAUACAGAAAGAGAGAGAGAUCCCUCUCUAUUCAACAGUCUCCUUGUGUUUGUAUUGUAUUCGCUGUUGCACUGUAGGCUGCGUGGAAUCCCGUCCAAUGUAGUGCCCAAUCAACCACCCUCGUUUUUUCUUUCUCCCCUUUCGUUGCGGGUGCAGCUCACGACCGAGGCCAGUCAAUAGCCUAUACCAAUGGCCGUAUGAGCUCGACUCCCCGCAGAGGAGAUCGUUAAUUAGCGCAGCGGUCUCGGGUACGCUCUCUAAUACAACAACCCGGCAGGCGUUUGAUUAGUUCGCCCAGUUUACUUUUUCCGUCCGUGUGUGUGUGUGCGUGCGUGUUCUUCCCUCUCUUUUUUUUUCCCGCGCGUUCCCUGGACACUGUCGGUUGUUGCCAUCAAAUAAACAUGGAUCGCGAGUGAUUAUUUAGUCGUCAUCGCCGAUGUGUUUACGAUUGAGAGCGAACUGAAAAAAGAUAAAAGAACCAUGGGCGAGCGUUGGGCGGAAAUGGGCCAGCUGUUCGGUGAUUGGUGGCGCGCACGAGAAGAUCGCGCGCUUUCCUCACUUCUAACGGCGCAGACAGAGAGGAAGCUUCGCCAGUCUGUCGAGGGACAAACAGCAACACAUCCUCCCCAUUCUCUCCACCCGCCUUUCCUCCCAACAGAAAAGUCUUUUCCGAGGGCCAGCGGAGAAGCAGUCAGCUCCCAGACGCACUCGACUUCAGAGGUCGCUCACGAACAUCCUCGCCUUCGCACGACACUCUCGUUCAGAUUGGAAGCCAAAGAGUAGCCGAAACAUCCUCGACUGUCACGAUCCAGCAGCAGCCAUCUUUGAAUUACCUCUCCGCAGCGGAACCUUAAUAGCCGGAGAAGACAAAUAAAAGACGGGCCAACUUUCUUUGUGGGCCGCCGAAAAAAGGACAAAAAGACAAAACACACGGACAAGAAAAGAAAAGAAUAAAAGACAAACAUGAAGUGGACGCUGUUCUUGCUGUUGGUGGUGGUGGGCGCUGUCGUUCUGGCCGCAGCCCAGGAUCUGGAAGAAGAUAACGAGCUAUUCGCCGAAGACCAGCAGGACGAAGCUUCAACUGCCGAGGAUAAUAGCAGCACCGAGGAGGACGAAGAUGACCAAGUCAAUCUUCGCGUUGUUCGAUCGGCUGCUGCCCAGUCAGAAGGAACCGGAAGGGUCCGCAACAGGGGAGCAGCUGCCAGAGGGAACGCCGACCAGCAGCAAGGAGACCGACGCCGUCGGGGAGAAGGCAAAGCUUGCCGUUACACCAAAGGCGCCUGGUCCGAAUGCAACACAGCCACCAACCAGCGCUCACGCAGUCUCACGCUGAAGAAGGGAGACAGCAGCUGCGAGCAGUCCAAGACCAUCACCAAAAAAUGCAAAAAAGGAGGAGCAGGCGGAGCCGGUCGUCGUAACAGAAACUAAACAAAAGAAAAGAAGAAGAUGAAGAAGAAGAAGUUCGCCUAUUCAACAAACUUUAUAGCGGGAAAGCAGAAGAAGAAGAAGAAGAGGAAGAAUAAGAAAUAGUGCAGACUACUCCCGGCAGAAUCAAGAGGAUCGAAAUACGCCCAAAAAUUAUUAGCAUGUAUCAUUAUUAUCCAGAAUGAAAAUAAUCAUUUUUUUUUUUAUUAUUUUAUUCUGACGAUUCUAAGGAAAAACAAAGAAAAAAGCAGGAAAACCUCCCACAUACAAACCGUCAUGAUUCUUAUAUGCUUAGAAAUUUCCGUCACGCCAUAUUAGCUGACGACAUUGUUUUUACUAUCAGCGCCGACCAUACACUUCCUCUCUCUAACCGACUGUCUGUCUGUCUGUCAUUUCUCGAUUCUUUCCCGUCGUCUCCCUAUUGUUCGUUUUGGUUCUUUUUUUCCAUCAGUCUCUUCUCUUUUCUCUUAUACGAAAUGAAUGAACAUCAACGCGGACCCUUUUUGUUUUUUCAUCGCUCUGCGGUUGUUUGUUCCCAUCAUUUACUUUCUGCGUUUCCUUCGUUCUGUGUGUGUGUCUGCAGAGCGCGUAUAAACCAAGCACAUUAUACUAAAUUGUCGUUCAUGUCGGGAGGGGGGGAAACCUUUCAAAAACCCUUACUAUUUUGUUUUUGUUUGUUUUUUUCCUCUCCCAAUUUUCAACGCAUCAUACGCUAUUAAAUAUCUCUCCUCUUUAUAAUCCUCUUAUUAUCGGUCAAUGUAAUCGCUAAUCGUUUUCAUCCCACUAUUAAUCUAGUGAAAACAGGAAAAUACACACACAUUACCCUUCCGACAA